UUGUUGGAUGUACAGUUAGAGGAUGUCCUGUUGUGGAUGUAAAUGAUGUUCGACAGGUUGGACCCGAAAUCGCUGGCUUAUAAUUAUAUAAGAUAACUGAAGAUAGGAGACUGGACGUCACCUUUCUGUUUAAUCUUUGUCAGCUCAACCAGCAAGAUUUCAACCAUUUGUAUUUGUCUUGUAAAACAAUGGGAAAAUGCUGCAAAUGCAAUGGGAGAUUACUGUGUAUGUGCCUACUGCCAUGUAUGAUGACUGGCCAUCUUGUGAUUUACAUCAUGGUGACCAUAUUUGUCACCAUCUCCUAUGCACCCCCAAAAAUAACAAUUCACUACAUUGCUCCAGGGAUUUCUGCCAAUUCCUCCGCUUUGGCCUCUCAUCCGACUGGCCCUUUCUGGAACCUUCGACUGGAGGAAAGCGCACUGUGGAACCAGUUGCAGCACACCUGGGACCGUCAGCACAAUCCAAUAUUAAGAGGAAACAUGACUGGGAUGCAGAGAAGGCCUAAUGGUCAGCCUUUUACACAAAUUGAGGACAAAUGUAUAUCCGACUGCAUGUCACACAAGUGUUCAGUUCCUCGUGUUAAUGACUUAAACAGCAUGCCAGAGCAAAUCAGGGCAUUUAUCAAGUCAAUGCACUGUAGGGAUUACCCCCUUCUUAUCAAUCAGCCUGAUAUGUGUCAGAGGAACAAUGACAGCACUGAUGUGGGGUCUUUCAUGCUUCUCAUUGCAAUUAAAUCGCAAAUUGGGAACUUCGAAAACCGACAGGCCAUACGUGAAACAUGGGGGCGGAGCGGGCUGGUGAGGGGCGAGUUCAAUAAAAAAGGGGGUCUAGUACGCACGGUUUUCUUACUUGGAAGGCAGGACUCAAGCACAGGUCCUUACCCAGACCUGAAUAACCUCCUGGAGCUUGAGAACGAGAAGUAUGGGGAUAUUCUUCAGUGGGAUUUCAGAGACACAUUCUUCAAUUUGACCUUGAAAGACUUGCUUCUCUGGAAAUGGCUCCAACAGUACUGCCCUACUGCCGCUUUUGUCUUCAAAGGGGAUGACGAUGUUUUUGUUCGAACAGAUGCCCUACUAGAUUACCUGCAAAACAAACUGGAAGAACAUAACCUUUGGAGGACAUAUACCAAUGAAACUGACAUGAAUUUGUUUGUUGGUGAUGUGAUCAGCAAUGCGAUGCCGAACCGAGAGCCCUCGGUGAAAUACUACAUACCUGAAAGUUUUUACAAAGGUGUGUACCCACCCUACGCUGGCGGAGGAGGGGUGGUGUAUUCAGGUUCACUUGCUUUACGUUUGCAAGAGGUGUCUGAAAGGGUUCGCCUUUUCCCAAUUGAUGAUGUGUACCUGGGCAUGUGCCUGAACAGACUCGGGCUCUCUCCAAUUCACCACCCGGGCUUCUUAACAUUUGAUCUCCCUGCUACAGACAGGAACAAUCCAUGUGCGUAUAGAUCUGUUCUGCUUGUUCACAGACGGAAUCCAAAGGAAAUGCUGACCCUGUGGAAACAGCUCAAAAACCUGCCUGCUCAAUGCUGAGUCUCAUUUGCAAAGCAAAUAAGAUUCAGUAAGUACCAGACGACUGCGGCCACUACACAAAUUUGAAAAGAAAUUACACACUGUGGCCAGCUGGCAGUGCAUGGUAAGGUCACCUUUAAUCAACCUUUCCUGUGGAGAAAAUAUGUUACUCCCAUUAGGAGACUCAUCUACCUCAAAGGGUACUUUAUUACAGUAGUUUUACAAAGCAAUAGCACACAUUGAACUCCUGUUUCCUGAUUGAUUAUGCAGUUUUGCGCUAUUUAAAACAAUAUUACUUUACUAUCUUAGGAAGAUAAAUAUAGACGGAUAUAUUUGUGCUUAUGGAAAGAUUUCUCCACACAGGCAUAAAUAUAACAUAAACAUUUGGGACCUUUAAAGAUGCAUUAGAUUAAGUGAAACAUUGAGUUUUAAUAAAUUCUAACAAGAAAAAAAAAUGUGCUCAUGGGUUCAGAUUAUUUUAGAUUAGAUUUAUUUCUCACUGGGACACAGCUACACAUGCAGGUUUAAA